AUGAGAACAAAAGCGCCUGUCUUUGCCAGUCUGCUGUCCCUCGCGGCCCAGACUGGCAAGGCGGAUCCGACAUGGCCCGCCACCACCGACCACAUGGAGGAGAUUAUCUACCAGCUCCAGGGCGUUCAGGGCAGUCUGUUUAACGACAUCAUCACGCCUUGCAACAACGAAGCUGCCGGCCCCGGGCGCGUAACCGCCAGCGAAUGGCUGCGCGUGGGUUUUCAAAGUGACAUGGCACCACACAACAAAUACUUCGGCACCGGUGGAGUUGACGGCUCGCUGCAGUUCGAGCUGAACAAUGGCGAAAAUACCGGACCCGGCCACCGAACAACACUGCAGUUUUACGCCAACUACUUGACAUCGCAGUCCUCUCUGGCCGACCUGAUCGCCGCUGGAGUGUACGCUUCUGUCCGCUCCUGCGGUGGUCCCGUCGUCCCCCUCAGACUCGGGCGGAAGGACGCGACCUCAGCCGGCAGCGCCGGCGUCCCGCAGCCCCAGAACUCCAUUGUCUCUUUUAGACAACAGUUUGACCGCAUGGGCUUCACCGCCACCGAGAUGAUCCAAUUGGUCGCCUGCGGCCAUACUCUCGGCUCUGUUCACAGCACUGAGUUCCCCCAGAUCGUCCCCGAGUCUGUUGGACAGGUUCCUUUUGAUACGACCAACGCCCAGUUUGACAACAAGGUGGCCACUGAAUAUGUCGCCGGGAACACGAAAAAUGCACUUGUCGUUGGUGCCUCUAUCGCCGUUGGCCGAAACUCGGAUUUCAAGGUCUAUAACUCGGACGGGAACGCUACCAUCAGCACGUUGACCGACGCCACUGUCUUCCGUAACACUUGCCAGGCCAUGCUUCAGAAAAUGAUCGAGGUUGUUCCCGAGGGCGUCACCCUUACCGAGCCCAUCGCCCCCUAUGCCGUCAAGCCGGUCGAUAUGCAAUUGACCCUGAACACGGGCGGCACCAGCUUCCGUUUGACCGGUUUCAUUAGAGUUAGGACCACCGAGGUUCCGGCGAGCUCCAUUGAGAACGUUGUUCUUACUUGGAAGGACCGGAACGGCGGGAACAGCUGCGGAUCGUCUGCCACCUGCUCCACCACGGCUACGCUACAGGGUGUGUCAACUGGCUUCGACGAUACCUUUGGCUUCUUUCCGAUCGAAGCCACGAUUCCGACCGCCGCCGGCAUCUCAUCGUUCACCAUUGUGGUGAACUAUGACGACGGGUCAAGCGAGGAGUACGAUAACAACGGCAAUUCUUACCCCAUGUCUGAUGCCAUUGUCCUGCAGAAGCCGCAGAGCUGCCUGCUCCAAGGGCCCGGCGAUCUCACUGUUUCUGCCCUGGUUCGCAAUGACCACAAGGACCUCCCGGUGAACCUCGGUGUUUCGUAUUUGACGCCUCGUAACACAGCGGACGGCAACCCGGUUCCGGCCCUGAACGAGGCCACCGUCGAGAUGGUGGAGGGCGACUGUGUUGGCCAGUACACGUUCUUUUCGGCUAGUCUUAACAUCCCCGGCGGUCUUAGCUUUAACUCCAGAAUCAGUGUAACUGCCGGCUCGGGAGCCACCGCUUACACGGACGACUUCAACAAGGCCAGCGACCUGGGCGGUACUUGCGGUACCUUCACUGGGGGCGCCACCUGCGCUGAUGUUACCACCCCACCCACCCCUUCGUCGACAUCCGUUCCUGUCUCAAGCUCGACCAGCGUUCCCGUCACCACCACUAGCUCCAGCAGCUCCACCGCCGCGCCGACGCCCGCCAUCAAGCCUACUGUUGGUGGUUAUGUAUUCGUCGACUGCUGGACCGAAGGAACUGGCGCGCGGGCCCUCGGCGGUGCCGCGUUCGCCUACGACGAGAUGACGCUCGAGUCCUGCAUGACCAACUGCACUGGCUUCGAUUACUGGGCCACCGAGUACGGCCGAGAAUGCUACUGCGGCAACAGUCUCCACUCCAGCAGCACCGAAGCACCUGUCGAGGAGUGCAACAUGGUCUGCGGUGGUGACCCGACCGAGUUCUGCGGCGCCGGAAACCGCCUUGAGCUGUACUCGACGACCGCGACCCGGACCACGUCUGCCACCCCCACUCCGACGGGAAGCCUGGCUGUCAAGCCGACCGUGGGCGACUACACGUUUGUUGGAUGCCAAACGGAGGCGACUGGGAGCAGGGCGCUUUCCGGCAAGGAUGUGUAUGCGGACGAUGCCAUGACUCUGGAACUGUGCGCGACGUACUGCGCUGGGUACACCUACUUUGGCACUGAGUACGGCCGCGAAUGCUACUGUGGAAACAGCCUCAAUUCCGGGAGCGUCUCGGCCCCUGUGACGGAGUGCAACAUGGUUUGCGGCGGCGACCCGUACGAAUACUGCGGCGCAGGCGACCGUCUGGAACUCUACAGACUAUCGAGCGUUUCCACCACGGGAAGCCCGUCCUCAGAAGUCUCUCUCUCUCAAGCCGCCACGACGACCACCAGCUCCGCCCCCACCACCACGCUCUCCCGCACCCCCACCGUCUCUCCCUACACCCACAUCGGCUGCUGGACCGAGGGCACGGGCGCGCGCGCGCUCGGAGCCAAAACCUACGCUUCCGGCGACGGCAUGACCCUCGAGAACUGCGCCGCCUUCUGCGCCGGCUACCGCUACUUCGGCACCGAGUACGCCGCCGAGUGCUACUGCGGCAACGUGCUGCACGCCUCCUCCACCAACGCCUCCCUCGCCGACUGCGCCAUGCCCUGCUCCGGCAACCCGGCCCAAUACUGCGGCGGGCCCGACCGCCUCGAGCUCUACGAGAACGAUGCCGCCCCCACCACCACCACCACCACCAACCCCGACCCCCCCGCGCCGACACCAACCCAACCCACCACUAUCUCAGCCGUCGAGGGCGAGGGCGAGGGGAACCAGUGGGAAUUCCACGGGUGCGUGACCGAGGCGAUGGGCGUCCGGGCCCUGGGCGCCGCGGCCCUCGCGUCGGAUGAGCUGACGCUCGAGGCGUGUGCCGAGUUCUGUGCGGCGUACCAGUUCUUUGGCGCCGAGUACGGCCGCGAGUGCUACUGCGGUGACCAGUUGGCUGAGACCGCGGCUGACGCGCCCGCGACGGAGUGCUCGAUGGCGUGCGCUGGGGAUGUGGGGGUGUUGUGUGGGAGUGGGAAUCGGUUGAGUGUGUAUGCGAAGGUAGUGUAA